CAGGGACAGGGGCUCCACCCAGCCUUCAAUAGCAUCACGCCUUCGCCAUCUUCACUCUUCACUUCUCACUCUUUGACGUCGUCAUCGUUCCCGCCACGCUCGCUGAGCAUUUGUGUUCCGCCCGCCCGCGAUGCCCUCCUCAUCAUCGGCGCCGAUCCCGGGGUCGCCGGCCUUGUCAACCACCUCGACACAAAUUCUGCCUCCUCACCUGCCUCAACAUCUUCGUCCCUCAACGAUCGUAACACGCAAAGACCAGAUCAGCUCCCUCAACGCCUACGAAGGGCUCCUGACCGCCUCAAAAGCCUACACGCAAGCCCUCCUCGCCCUGUCCACCGCGUCGAAUGACUUCGCCUUCGCAUUGCAGGACUGCGCGAGGCUCAAGGGCUCACACAAAGUUGGGCCUCAAUUGCACGCAGCGAGCGGCUUGGAGUUUCUGGUUGCGUCACACAGCAAGCUGUUGGCCGAUGGCUUCUGGAAGGAUUUCUCCAUCCCCUUGCUAGAAGCUUUUGAUUCGCAUCGCGCAGCUGUUGCAGAAAGGCAGAUGGCGCAUGAUAGGGUGAUGGCGGAGCGUUCGAGGGAGUUGCAGGAGUGUGAGGAGAAGCAAUUGAGAGGAGCGGCAAAGAAGAGGGGGAAGGAGAGGGACUUGGGCAGUUUCAGAAAGGCAUUGGAAGAGCUGCAGAGGCUGGUCAAUGGGCUAGACGAGGAGAGAGCAACGCAUUAUGUUGACGUGUUGGGUGCAGAGGAGGAGGAGUGGGAUAGGGUUGCCAAUAGGGUCUCUCACCUCCUGCGUCUUCAAGUCGAAGUACACGAACGCCUCUCUUCGAAACCGCUCAGCGACCCCGUACUUGAACCGAUGCUAUCGGUUAUUCCGGAUCCCUUUGGUGCCUACGCCCAGCCAAACGGCGCCUCCUCCUCCUCCGGUGGCGGCCCAUCAGGCUCAAGCUCCACCGGCGGCCCCGACCAGAUCUUCAGCGUACUGCAACACCCCUCAGACCUUUUAGGCCGCGAUGGCAACGACGAUGUCCUAACUCCCGCGGGCUUGCUAAGCCCACGAGCACCUGCAACGGGCCUGUCCAGACCGCCGCCUAGCUCGAGCAGCUCGACGAAGCAUCGCGACUCGAUCGGCAGCGGAGGCGCAAUGUCGCCUCGCCUAUCCUCAGCCGUAGCACCUGCGCCGGGCGAGGUGUCCUUCGCGGCUUUGGGCCUCACGAGUGCUAGUCACCCGCAGAGCUCAGGCGCGAGCGGGAUAGGCUCGCCGUUGUUCGGGAGCGAGGACGGUUCAGAGGAUGGGGAGAGGGGGCAAGGGGAAGAGACGAUGACGACGAGUAACGACGCCGACCCGACGACGCCCACGCGCAAGUCACACAGCCUCGCAGCUUCCGAUCAGAAUCGAGCAGGCGGCUCCUUCGUUGCAGGAGGGGCAGGGCUUGGCCGCCGUCUGAGGAAGGCGUUGAGCAUCAUAGAUGAUGAAGAGAAGAGUCGCAGGCAAAGCAGUGGAGCGUAUGGUGGAAGUCCUGUGCAUGCCGAGGAGCGUGAGGAGGGGGCGCAGGACCCUGAUGUCAGUGGAGAGCAGAGCGAGGAUAAGCACAGCCGGGAUGAGUAGGUCAGGCAGCCCGGACGACUCGGCGACAACCUCUUGAUGACCGCGACGACGAUCUUGUUGUACCAUUUCUUUGACUAUCGUUACAUUACGUCGAUCUUCGAUCAGCAUGUGCGAAAUGCGGCUGCCACUUGACUACCUCACAUGCAUCGCAAGAUGCCCGGCGACCUCUUCUGACCCAGACAAUCAACGCGACGCGCUCGAGGGACU